UUUACCGCACAGAGGGGCCUCUCUCUCUCUCUCUCUCUCUCUCUCUAUACUUAGAAUGUCUCAUGAAAAUUUGCCAGCUCCAUCGCGAGCCCUCCAAGCCACACCAACAUGACAGACUCUUCCAAUGCCAAAUUAGAGAAAACUCCCCCGAGCAGCAGCCCCGCCGAACCCUCCCGCACCCGGCCCGCAGCGGCUCGUUUCUACCCGGCGGAGGACGACGACCGCCACCUCCCCCGCCCCGCUCGGCGAUGGCCGCCGCUGUUCGCCGCCGUGUCCUGCUGUCCUCCCUCCUCGUCCUCGCCACGGCCUCCCUGUCCGGUUGCGUCACCGAGGAUGAGGCCCUCCUCAAGCUCAAGAGGUCGAUAACCGACAAUGGGGCGUUGGACUCUUGGGUCCCUAGCACGCCUCCUUGUAAAGGGUGGGUCGGCGUGAUCUGUUUCAACGGAAUCAUCACGGGCCUCCACCUCUCCGACAGGGGGCUCACUGGAAAGGUCGACGUCGAGUCCCUAGAGACGAUCAAUGGCCUCAGGACCAUCAGCCUCGUGAACAACUCCUUCUCGGGCCCGAUCCCCGAGUUCAGCCGCCUUGGCGCCCUCAAGUCGCUCCUGCUGGUGGGCAACGAGUUCUCGGGGGAGAUACCGAAGGAUUUCUUCGUGCACAUGUUGUCGUUGAAGAAGGUCUGGCUCUCGAACAACAACUUCUCGGGCGAGAUCCCCGAGUCCCUGGCACAGCUUCCCAACCUCAAGGAGCUCCACCUGGAAGGGAAUCAGUUCUCAGGACACGUCCCGGCGAUCAAAAAUGAGAAGCUCACUUCGCUGGACCUGUCGCAUAACAAGUUGGAAGGCCCAAUCCCAGCAAGUUUGGUGAGAUUCGGGGUGAGUUCUUUCAGGGGGAAUGAGGGCCUUUGCGGGAAGCCUCUGGACAGGAUAUGCUCGGACCCGCAGAAACCCACCGCCGUGGUUGUGGACGAAUCGAUGCGGUCGAGCCCCACCGAGCAUAAGAGCAUAGACUCCUGGGUGAUCUUUGGGACGGUGGGCGCAUUGCUGGUUGUCGGAAUGUUAUUCUCUUACAUAUAUUCUACCCGGCACAGAGACAAUGACUUCAGCGUCCUGGGAAAAGAGGUCGUCCACGAGGCGGUUGAAGUGCACGUGUCGAGUUCGAAACAUAGCCGGGCGGCGUCGAGCAAGAAAGGCAGUGUCUCGAAGAGAGGGUCGCAGAAGGGCAAGGACAUGGGGGACCUAGUGCUGGUCAACGAGGACAAGGGCCCGUUUGGGCUGUCAGAUUUGAUGAAGGCGGCUGCGGAGGUACUAGGAAAUGGCGGCUUGGGUUCGGCCUAUAAGGCUGUCAUGUCCAAUGGCUUAUCGGUCGUGGUGAAGAGGAUGAGAGAGAUGAAUAGGUUAGGGAAGGAGGGAUUUGAUGCUGAGAUGAGGCGGUUCGGGAGGAUACGACACAAGAACAUCUUGACGCCGUUGGCUUAUCAUUACCGGAGAGAGGAGAAGCUUUUGGUUUCAGAAUAUGUCCCCAAAGGCAGCUUGUUGUACGUCUUACACGGUGAUCGCGGUAUUUGUCAUGCCGAGCUCAAUUGGCCUACCCGUUUGAAAAUCAUACACGGAAUUGCUUGUGGGUUAGGCUUCCUUCAAUCAGAGUUUGCAUCGUGUGAUCUACCCCACGGGAAUCUCAAGUCGAGCAAUGUUCUUUUAGAUGCGGAUUACGAGCCAUUGCUCAGUGACUACGCGUUCCAUCCUCUAAUAAACUCUCCUCAAGCUGUGCAGGCGAUGUUCGCCUACAAAGCCCCAGAGUCCCUACAAAACCAGCAAGUCUCCCUGAAAUGCGAUGUCUACUGUCUUGGGAUCAUCAUUCUCGAAAUAUUGACAGGAAAGUUCCCUUCUCAAUACCUCAGCAACGGAAAGGGCGGGACGGACGUUGUGCAAUGGGUGCAUUCUGCAAUUUCCCAAAAAAGAGAAGAGGAAGUGAUUGAUCCGGAGAUACUGAGCUCCACGAAUGCCAAGCCUCAGAUGUUGCAGCUACUCCAUAUUGGAGCUUCUUGCACCGAGAGCAAUCCCGAGCACCGAAUCGACCUGAGGGAAGCGAUUAGGAACAUAGAAGAGGUAAAAGGUUGAGGCGUACGCUUUUGUCCCAGCCCGAAAGGAGGUAUCUCUAGGCGACAACAUAGGAUAGUUCGUAUUAGCAUCGCAACCUUUUAUCAUCAUUUUUGGGGAUCGCAAAAAAUGAAACGGUGAGCUCUCUUAGCAACGGUUUGAUCAGCAUUUUGAAAUCUCUCGGCACUUGAGGUUGAUGAACUCAGGCGCUUCGGCGUGUAUUUCUUAGGUACCAUUCGCAUUGACUUACCAAUAGCACAAUGAAAAAAGAAAUGCAGGCACUAAGCUAGGCUGAGGACCUCAGGCACGGUUUUGGCUUUUGAAAAGAGGUCAAUGUCCUCCUCAUUCAAGUUGUCUAAUGUCUAUCUUGUCCAUCAAGAUCAAGUUGUUUGGUGUCCGUUUUGGUCUGGGUUCGGGGACGGAACUUUGUUAACAGUUUCAAUCUAAUUUUCCCGGCUAAUUCUUAUGGCUGGUGGAUUGAUGUUGAGCAUUUAAUCUGGAGAUUGAAGUUAUGUACAGGCCCUUAAUUCCAAGUAUAUGAACAGCAGUUCGGAGACGAUAGCUGCUACUGUUU